GGGAAGGGGACACGAAAUCUCGCGAGAAGUUGCUUUCCAACUUCCUUCGUUCUUUUUGUCGUCGAUCGAGCAAGAUGCCUUCCAGACUGAGGAAGACAAGGAAACUAAGGGGGCACGUCAGUCACGGCCAUGGACGUAUUGGCAAGCACAGGAAACAUCCAGGAGGCCGUGGAAAUGCUGGCGGUAUGCACCACCAUAGAAUUAACUUUGACAAAUACCACCCUGGUUAUUUUGGAAAGGUUGGUAUGAGACAUUACCACUUGAAAAAGAACCAGCACUUCUGCCCGACAGUGAAUCUGGAUAAGCUGUGGACGCUUGUUAGUGAGCAGACAAGGCUGAAUUAUGCUAAAAAUCCAGCAGGACUCGCUCCAGUUAUUGAUGUUGUACGCUCUGGAUAUUACAAAGUCCUGGGCAAAGGAAAGCUACCCAAGCAGCCUGUCAUCGUGAAAGCAAAAUUCUUCAGCCGAAGAGCAGAAGAGAAAAUCAAGGAAGUUGGAGGAGCCUGUGUUCUAGUGGCAUAAAAGUUUAUAUAUGUAUGCAAACUCAAAUCACAGGCAUGAAUAAACUAUUUCAAAUGUUGGAA